AUGGCUUGGGAAACGAGGAGCAGGCGCGGCCCCCGAAGGGCCGUGGUCCAGGAGGCGGUGAUGCUGCUGUUUUGCCUCGGGUUCCCAACCGGGCGCCCCUACAACGUGGACACCAAGAGCCCGCUGCUCUUUCAGGGCGCCCCCAACACCUUGUUCGGUUACUCGGUGGUGCUGCACAGCCACGGGGCAAACCGCUGGCUCAUUGUGGGAGCACCCAAGGCCAACUGGCUCUCCAACACUUCAGUAGUCCAUCCGGGGGCGAUUUACAAAUGCAGGAUCGGGAAGAAUCCAAACCAGAUCUGCGAACAGCUCCAGCUGGGUAAACCUGAUGGAGAACCUUGUGGAAAGACUUGUUUGGAAGAACGAGACAAUCAAUGGUUGGGAGUCACGCUUUCCAGGCAGCCAGGGGAAAAUGGAUCCAUAGUGACUUGUGGGCAUAGAUGGAAAAACAUAUAUUAUAUGACGAAUGAGAAUAAGCUCCCCUCAGGUAUCUGCUAUGCAGUGCCGGCUAAUUUACUAACCGAACUGAGUAAAAGAAUAGCUCCCUGUUAUAGAGACUUUGUGAGAAAAUUCGGGGAAAAUUUUGCAUCAUGUCAAGCUGGAAUAUCGAGUUUUUACACACAGGAUUUAAUUGUUAUGGGAGCCCCAGGAUCAUCUUAUUGGACUGGUUCUGUUUUUGUCUACAACAUAACUACAAAUACAUACAAGGCCUUUUUAGACAUGAAGAAUCAAGUAAAAUUUGGAAGUUAUUUAGGCUACUCCGUGGGAGCAGGUCAUUUUCGCAGUCCACAUACUACUGAAGUGGUUGGAGGAGCCCCACAGCAUGAGCAGAUUGGCAAAGCAUACAUAUUUAGCAUAGAGGAAAGAAAACUAAACAUCUUACAUGAAAUGAAAGGUAAAAAGCUUGGUUCUUACUUUGGAGCGUCUGUCUGUGCUGUGGACCUCAACGCAGAUGGCUUCUCUGACCUCCUCGUGGGAGCCCCCAUGCAAAGCAUCAUCAGGGAGGAAGGGAGAGUGUUCGUGUACAUCAACUCCGGAGUGGGAGCAGUAAUGAAUGAAAUAGAAACAGAACUUAUUGGAAGUGACAAAUACGCAGCAAGAUUUGGGGAAUCUAUAGUUAAUCUUGGUGACAUUGAUAAUGAUGGCUUUGAAGAUGUUGCUAUUGGCGCUCCACAAGAAGAUGACUUGCGAGGUGCCAUUUACAUUUACAAUGGUCGGGCAGAUGGUAUCUCACCGGCCUUCUCACAGAGAAUUGAAGGACUUCAGAUUAGCAAAUCACUAAGUAUGUUUGGACAGUCUAUAUCCGGACAAAUCGAUGCAGACAAUAAUGGAUAUGUAGAUGUAGCAGUUGGUGCUUUUCGGUCGAAUUCUGCUGUGUUGCUAAGGACAAGACCUGUAGUGAUUGUUGACGCUUCCUUAAAUCUUCCUGAGUCUGUAAACAGAACAAAGUUAAACUGUGUUGAAAGUGGGCUGCCUUCUGUGUGCAUGAAUCUGACACUCUGUUUCUCAUACAAGGGCAAAGAGGUCCCAGGUUAUAUUGUUUUGUUUUAUAAUAUAAGCUUGGAUGUGAACCGAAAGACAGAGACUCCACCAAGAUUUUACUUUUCUUCUAAUGGAACUUCUGAUGUGAUUACAGGAAGUAUGAAAGUGUCAAACAGAGUAGCUAGUUGUCAAACACAUCAAACAUUUAUGCGGAAAGAUGUGCGGGACAUCCUCACCCCAAUUCAGAUUGAAGCUGCUUAUCAUCUGGGGCACCACGUCAUCAGCAAACGAAGCACAGAUGAAUUCCCACCACUUCAGCCAAUUCUUCAACGGAAGAAAGAAAAAGACAAGAUUGAAAAAACAGUAAACUUUGCAAGAUUUUGUGCCUAUGAAAAUUGUUCAGCUGAUUUGCAGGUUUCUGCCAAAAUUGGAUUUUUGAAGCCACAUGAAAACAAAACCUAUCUUGCUGUUGGAAGUAUGAAGACAUUACUGUUGAAUGUAUCCUUGUUUAAUGCCGGAGAUGACGCAUAUGAAACAACUCUGCAUAUCAGAGUGCCCUCAGGUCUUUACUUCAUUAAGAUUCUAGCUCUGGAAGAGAAGCAAAUAAGUUGUGAAGUAACAGACAACUCUGGCCUAGUGAACCUUGACUGCAGUGUUGGCUACGUAUUUGUAGAUCAUCUAUCAAAGAUAGAUGUUAGCUUUCUCCUGGAUGCAAGUUCACUGAGCAGAGCAGAAGAGGACCUUAACAUCACAGUGCAUGCCACCUGUGAAAAUGAAGGGGAAAAGGACAACAUGAAGCAAAAUAAAGUGACUUUAGCAAUUCCUCUCAAGUAUGAGGUUAUGCUCAGUGUUCAUGGAUUCAUAAAUCCAACUUCAUUUGUGUAUGGACCAAAGGAAGAAAAUGAACCAGAAACAUGUGUGAAAGAGAAAAUGAACUUCACUUUUCAUGUUAUCAACAUGGGCCCUAGCAUGGCUCCAAAUGUCAGUGUGGAGAUAGUAGUACCAAAUGCAAUUAUGCCCCAAGCCCACAAGUUAUUCAACAUUUUGGAUGUCCAGACUAGUAUUGGAGAAUGCCAUUUUAAGAAUUAUCAAAGAGAGUGUGCAUUAGAACAACAAAAAAGUAUAAUAGACAAGGUGAAAGAUACAUUCAUGUUUUUCUCAAAGACUGAUAAGAUAAUACUGUACUGCUUGAAAGUUGAUCCAUAUUGUUUAAGUUUCUUAUGCAAUUUUGGAAAAAUGGAAAGUGGAAAAGAAGCCAGUGUUCACUUUCAGCUGGAAGGCCGACCAUACCUUUUGGAAAUGGAUGAGAGUUUAGCACUCAAGCUUGAUAUAAGAGCAACAGCCUUUCCAGAGCCAAAUCCUAAAGUUAUUGAACUGAGCAAGGAAGAGAAUGUUGCACAAGUUCUGCUUGAAGGAAUACAUCAUCAAAGACCCAAACGUUCUUUCAAAAUAAUGAUUCUGUCAAGUAGUUUGUUGCUUGGGCUUCUUUUACUUCUAUUGAUUUCCUUUGGCAUGUGGAAGGCUGGCUUCUUUAAAAGACAGUACAAAACUAUCCUAGAAGAAGAAAAAAGAAACAGUUGGAGUUAUGUGAUGAGUCAAAAUGAUGAUGAUUAAAGACUUCUUUCAAAGUGAGAGAA